UUGAUUGUUACGUUAUUGCGUUCAGCGGCCAGUUUAUUAUUUAGUUAAAAACUAUAAAAAUUGAACAAAUGCCGAGAUGAACAAUCUUUUGAGACAAGGACAACGCCUGGCCUUGGUUUUACCGGCUGCUGCUCAACAACAAAUCCACACCACAGCCGUGCACCGGACAUUCUGGGAGCGCGAAAAGAAAUCGGGCUACAAGACCAAGUUGCCGGAACCCUCAAAGAAGCAGCUCAUCAUAGACGGAUUAAAAUAUCUCAAGGAGGAGAUCAAGCUCUGGCGCAAGGAGGUCAAAGAGCACCUGGAGAGUGACCCGAUAUUGGUGUUCCGGCCGGGUGAAACGGAUGUGGUCUUUGACUUCAAGUCGCCCAAUGUGCUGGACAACUGGACGGUGACCACGGAUGCGGAUCACGGUGAGGGCAAGAGCACUGCAUCGCUGGAACUAAGUGCAGCAGGAGCGGGACUCUUCCACGGCGAAGUGAACUCGGAUCACACCAAAGAUGGCAUUAUCAAGAGGACGGGCUAUGCGAAUAUUCGUACAAAGAGAGUGCGGAAAUCCUUUAAGCGAGAGUCCACCUACGACUGGACGCAAUACAACAUGCUGAUAAUGAAAGUGCGAGGCGAUGGACGCAGCUACCUGAUCAACCUGCACACCGAGGGCUACUUCGAUCUGAUGUGGAACGACAUCUACCACUAUGUGCUGUAUACCCGCGGUGGACCCCACUGGCAGAUUGCCAAGAUACCCUUCUCCAAGUUCUUCAUGUCCUCCAAGGGACGUGUCCAGGAUCGCCAGAGCGCCAUUCCUUUGAACAGGGUGACACACUUUGGUUUCUCGGUGGCUGCCAAGAAGGGAAUGGAUGGACCCUUUGGCUUGGAAAUAGACUAUGUUGGAUUGCAGUAUGAUCCCAGCCAUCACGAGGAGUUUGCCUAUGAGAUGUACCAGACGCCCAAGUACAUUGUGGCUACGUAGCGUUACGUAGCGCGUUACGUUACGGCAACAGUGUUAUUUAAUUGUUAAAGAAUGUGUGAAAUACAGUAAAUAAUGAUUUACA